AUGGACAACUUCUACUUCGCUCUGACCCCGGAACAGCUGCAGAGCUUUCAGGAACGGGGCUACCUCAUGGUCCGCAGCUUCUUCAACGGGGAGGAAGCAGCACGACUGCGGCAAUGGGCUCAGGAAGUCCAUGACCUUCCACGCACGGCGGACGUGCCGUGGAUGCCUUAUGAGGGCAAGCGUGUGCUGUGUCGGACGGAGAACUUUGCCAACUCUCACGCCGGGUUUGACAGCAUCCUGAGGGGCCAGCGCGCCACAAGUGUGCUGCAGCAGCUGGCCGGCGAGGAGAUGCUGCUCUUCAAAGAAAAGAUCAACUACAAGCUGGCGGGCAGCGGGUUUGAUCCGCAUAUCGAUGCCAACGCCUAUACGCACGUUAAGAACAUCAAGCACCUGACCAUCCUGGCGGCGGUCGACGAUAUGGGUCCGAGCAAUGGCGGAUUGGAGGUGGUGGACGGCAGCCACCGGAUGGAGGUUCCUCUGGGAGCAGAUCGAUGCAUUGAGCCCGCCUGGGUCCAGCGACACGCGUGGACCCCCUUAGGCGACAUUCUCGUGUUUGGAUCCUACCUGGCGCAUCGGAGUGGCGCCAACACCAGCACUACGGAUCGCAAGGCUAUCUAUGCGACGUACAACUGCGCCGCCGAGGGCAAUCUGCACGAUCAAUAUUAUGCGGAUCGGCGGCAGCUGUGGCCGGCGACCCAUAUGAGAAAGGACGGCGAGUCGUAUGAGGAGGGCCGGGUGCGCUACGCGUUUGGCUCCCCCAUGCUAUCGGUGGAUAAGCAACCAGCGGCCGCGGUGUAA